AUGGAAGAAAAUCCAAAGAAAAUCUAUAUUGAUGACUUCAUGUCAGAUGAGGAGGAGAGCUCCAGCUCGCCAACAAAGAAGAAACUGGAUAGGCAGCAAUAUGAGGAGAAUAAAUCUAAAUUUGAUCUCAAAAAGCUCAUCUCUGAAUUUAUUCUUAAGAAAGAAUACUUUAUCUCUCAUAAGACUACUAGUAUCUUCGAUGAUUAUGAUUUUGAAGAUAAGCCUGCUGGCAAAGGCUCUUUUGGAGUGGUAUUCAAAGCUCAUGAGAAGCAUACAGGCCUCAUCCGUGCAAUCAAACAAGUAAUGAACGAGAAUAUUAAGAAUUAUGACGGCUUCAUGGGCGAAGUUGCUGCAUUAAAGACUCUGGACCACCCCAAUAUCAUUAAAUUAUACGAAGUUUAUGAAGAUAAAGAUUGUGUUUACCUCGUACAGGAAUUCUGAGAAGGAGGAGAAUUAUUUUACCAUAUUGUUGAGAACGAUCAUCUUGAAGAGAAAGAAGCUGCUAGGGUCUUCCUUCAAAUUACUUCUAGCAUUCUGUAUUGUCACAAAAAUUGCAUCUGUCAUCGAGACCUGAAGCCAGAUAAUUUCAUGCUCGCGAGCAAGGAUAGUGAAAGUUUAGUCAAAUUGAUAGACUUUGGAUUGAGUAGAUCAUUCUAUAAGCUCAAAGAUGAAGGAGGAGAGAUGCUUAGAAUGGAAACCAGAGCGGGGACUGCUCUCUACAUGGCUCCUGAGGUCCUUGACAAGGACUACUCAAAUGCUUGCGACACAUGGUCACUUGGAGUAAUACUUUAUAUUAUGAUCAGCGGUCUUCUUCCCUUCGAGGGUUCAACCGACGCAGAGAUUGAGGAGAACAUCAGAAAUAUCAACUAUGACUUCGACGACGAUGUCUGGAAGGAAGCCUCUGAUGAGGUCAAAGACCUUAUCUCAAAGAUGUUAGUGUACGAGAAGGAUAGGAUUACACCAAAAGAAGCUCUGAAGCAUCCAUGGUUGGCUAAAUUUACAGAACAGAGCCAUGAAACAGACAAGAUGUCAUACGUUGAAAAACUAGAAGAUUUCAAGGACUCUAAUAACUUGAAGAAGGCGAUUCUGUCAUUCCUGGCUACGAAAGUAAAUGAUGAGGAAAUUAAGGAUGAAAUAGAACUUUUCAAUAGCUUCGAUACGAACAAUGAUGGCUACAUCACAAAGAAGGAGUUAAAGAAAGGUCUCUACAAGCUUGGCAAGAGAACAGAUGAAGAGGUUGACCAGAUCAUGGAUAGUAUGGAUACAGACAAAAAUGGGGCAAUUAAUUUCAACGAGUUUAUCUCAGCCACCCUUAACUCUGGUAUUUCCAAAGAUUAUGAAAGAAUCGUCAAAGCUUUUGAAUUUUUCGAUCUUGAUAAUGAUGGUUUAAUUGAUGAAAACGAGCUGAAGAAUGCUUUAGCUGGACAAGAAUUUGCUAAGAUUGAUGUCGGAAUAUUCCAAGAAGCUAUUAAGCAAUGAGAUUUAGAUAAUGACGGCAAGAUUAGUUUUGACGAAUUUGGUAAAAUCAUGUCACUCCAAUUAGACAAGAUGGCCAAGGACAAUAUGAGAGAUACUCUUACUCUAUCAACUGGAGUAUAA